UUUUUUCUUUCAUACAUAAAUAUAAAUUAAAAUUUAUGUAUAGUUCCAGAAACAUGUGCCUGAAGUGGCUGCUGCUGCUGCUGAUUGCGGUGGCCGGAGGAGCCGUCGCCGCCGCCUCCUCCGCUGUCAGACGCGACGGCGGAGUGACCUACGACCGCCGGUCUCUGAUCAUCGCCGGCCGCCGGAAACUGCUGUUCUCUGGGUCUAUACAUUACCCGAGAAGUACACCCGAUAUGUGGACGUCGUUGAUAGCAAAAGCAAAAGAAGGUGGACUGAACACUAUUGAUACGUAUGUCUUCUGGAACGUUCACGAACCUCAGCCUGGCCAGUAUGAUUUCAGUGGAAGAGCGGAUAUAGUGAGAUUCAUCAAGGAAAUUCAGGCUCAAGGACUCUAUACAAUCCUUCGGAUUGGUCCUUUCAUUCAGGCCGAGUGGACUUACGGAGGCUUGCCGUUCUGGCUCCGUGAAGUCCCCGGCAUUGUUUUCCGGACGGAUAAUGAACCGUAUAAGUUUUACAUGCAAAAUUUCACGACGAAAAUCGUGGAUUUGAUGAAGUCGGAGAAGCUAUUUGCUUCACAGGGAGGUCCUAUAGUACUAUCGCAGAUUGAGAAUGAGUACCAGAAUGUGGAGAAGGCUUUUAACGAAGCAGGUGCACGGUAUGUCCUUUGGGCAGCAAAGAUGGCUGUAGGCCUUAACACUGGUGUGCCAUGGGUGAUGUGUAAGCAAGAUGAUGCUCCCGAUCCUGUGAUCAAUGCUUGCAAUGGGAGGAGCUGUGCAGAAACAUUUGUAGGACCGAAUUCGCCGAAUAAGCCAGCAAUUUGGACAGAAAAUUGGACACACCUGUAUGAUCUAUAUGGCAAUGCUACAAGAAUCUAUAAGCCAGAGUACAUUGCUUACCAGGUUGCCCUAUUCAUAGCCAAGUUGAAUGGAAGUUUCAUAAACUAUUACAUGUAUCAUGGAGGGACCAAUUUUGGGAGGACUACUUCAGCAUUCACAUUAACCAGUUAUUAUGAUCCUGCCCCCCUCGAUGAGUAUGGUUUGAUCAAUGAGCCGUUAUGGGGUCAUCUAAGGGAGCUGCAUGCAGCGGUACAGAAUUGCUCCGAUACGCUACUUUAUGGACAACAAACCAAUUAUUCUUUGGGUCCCCUGCAGAGGGCCUAUGUGUAUUCCGGGGAUGAGCGAAAAUGUGCUGCCUUUCUUGUAAAUGCUGAUCGAAACAAUACCGACAUCAAAUUUCAGAAUAGAACAUAUAGGCUUCCGGCCGAAUCUAUUAGCAUCUUGCCAGAUUGCAAUAUUGUGUCCUUUAACACAGCCAAGGUUGCUGCCAAAUGCACUGAAAGAAUAAGAGUACCAACUAUGAAGUUUGAUUCUCCAAUGUUAUGGCAAGAAUGGCGAGAAGUUAUACCAGUAUUUGACAGUACGACAUUGAGAUCAAAUUUAUUGUUAGAACAGAUGAACACUACCAAAGAUACAUCUGAUUAUCUGUGGUACACUGCUGAAUAUGAGGUGCCGGCAGACGCAAAAGCCGAGAUCAAGAUAGGUUCGCGUGGACAUGUGCUGCGUGCCUACAUCAAUGGACGCCUUGUAGGAUCCGCCCAUGGCUACUUCAGAAAUUUCAGCUUUACUUUGGACACUACCGUUCUGUUUCACCGUGGAGUGAACACCAUAUCUUUGCUGAGCAUUAUGGUUGGAAUGCCGGAUUCAGGUGCUUAUCUUGAGAGUAGAGCUGCCGGAUUGGUAAAUGUAAACGUUCUAGGAAAUCAAGGUAGCAAAAAUUUAACGGACAAAUAUCCGUGGGGUUAUCAGGUCGGAUUAGUGGGCGAGAGGGUACAGAUUUACUCGAUGAAUGGAUCGAGCAAGGUGCCAUGGAGCAAGUACACCAUCAGUCCCAACCAGCUCACAUGGUAUAAGGCCAUAUUUGAUGCGCCCGGAGGUUCUGAUCCUGUCGCAAUAAAUCUUAACUCUAUGAGAAAAGGCCAAGUAUGGAUCAACGGCCAAGGUAUUGGCCGAUAUUGGAUUUCCUUUCCCAAACCUGAUGGAAUGCCUUCACAAACAUGGUUACAUAUACCUCGGUCGUUCCUGAAACCGAGGGGCAACAUGUUGGUGUUGUUCGAGGAAGAAAUGGGCAAUCCUCUCGGCAUAUCCAUAGGCACUGUGUACCUAAAAAAGUUAUGCAACCGGUACAAUUCUUAUCCAUUUUUAGGAUUUUCAUCAACAAGAAGAUCCUAGCAUUGUCUAGAAGUGAUCUAAUUCUACAGAUUCAAAAAAGGUAAAUUUACAAUUCUUAUUUGAAUACAUUUGGAUUUUAUUUAUAAGAGAAAAUAAUAAGAUAAUUUCUAACUGCAAUGUUAAAUAAAAGUAUAUGUUGUACCGUUCAUAUUUAUAUAUAUAUAUAAUAUAUAUAUAGAAGUGUACUGUAUAAAUAUAUUUAUUGUGGUGAAAAUCAAUAUCUAAUUAGCUUAA